AUGAAAACAAUAGGUACAACGGUAACUGUAGUGGAAACUCUGAAAUCGCCGUUAUCAUCAAUAAUGGAAACCGUGCAACAACAACAACAACAACAACAACAGCAGGAUAGUAUUAAACCACUCGAUUUACAAUGUGAUGAGGAAUUUGAUGAAACAUUAGCUGAAAGGCCUAGUACUAGUCAUAAUCAUUCGCAAAAACAACAACAACAACAACCGCAACAACAACAACAACAACAACAACCGCAACAACAGCAACAACAACAACAAAAACAGCAGCAACAGCAGCACCAUCCAACUGAUAAUCACGUGUCAGCAAGCAAUGAUAAAGCUGUUGACAACUGCGUUAUUAUUGAUUCACCUCUAGAGAAAUGA